AUAAAUCAUUACAAAAAACAAAGAAGAAACGAGCAAUAAUGUUAAAAUAUAUUAUCGGGCAUUUGAAGACAAAAAAUCGUCAGAAAUGUCAGGAAGUUAGGCUUUCAACAAACCGAUCUUUGAAGGAUUGAUUGAAGUUGAUGCGGUUGGAAGGCAGCCGCACGGCCGGCUUGCGAAGCUGAUCCGUAGACGAAAGUGCGCGUCUGAUCGGUGAUCAGCUGUUUUCUGUUUUCCCCGACGACAUCGUUUAUUUACGUGUCGAUUAGGGCUGGUUGUCGUUGAGGUUGAUUGUCGUCAAUUCUGCUCGCCGAGUCCGGGCAAGGAUGGCGGCUUUGGAGAAGCUGGUCAAGUCCCUCGAGUCGCUCAAGUCCCUCAUCUCGUCCAGCGCACCAGCCGACGAGUCCGGGAUGAGGUCGAAAGAAAAAAUGAGUCUGUGUGUUAUAAUCACUGAUAUGAUUUGUACGCCAGAGGCCAAAAAAGUCAAAAAUUUCCAAAACCUCCUUUCAUACUCGAUGGAAACCCUUUUGAAGAUGUGCAAUGAUGAAGACUCCAGCAUAAGAAUGAUAGCUGAUGAAUGUUUAAACAGAAUAAUAAGAGUUCAUAUGGACUCAAACAUCAUCAGAAUCAAUAUCGAACUGUACAACGAAAUAAAAAGGAACCAGAGUGCCAGGUCGUUAAGAGCGGCGUUAUGGAGGUUUGCCGAGUUGGCACAUCUCAUUAGACUUAGCAAGGCAAAAACUUGCAUGCAGAGUUUGGUUGGAUGUAUAGUAAAUAUAGCGAUGAGAAAAGAAGAAACAGUAUUAGAAACGUUAGCUACUUCUAUUCCCAAAAUUCUCUCAUCGCUUGGGUGUUUUCUGACUGACAGUGAUGUCAAGUUACUUUUAGAAACAUUUAUGAAAAACAUACAUAGUGAUAAUGUCGUCAUGAGACGGACAGCGGCUAGCAGCAUACUUGGGAUUUGUUUACACUGCCCGAAACGACAAUUUUUCAUAAUCCACACACUUAGCACUUUGCUAGACAGCGUACUACCGUUGAGUGACGACCACAGUACAUAUACAAUCUUAGGCGUUUUAAAUUGCAUACGAGGUCUUAUCAGCCACUUGGAAUCUGAUGGCAAGGAAACGUCUCUCUAUGGCAGUUUUGGUGCAAAAAGAAAACACAAUAAACAAGUGGUCUUAUCAGUUGAUUCUGUUAUUCAGAUCUAUGAAUUGUGCCUUUAUUGGACGCAUCACAGCGAUCACAAUGUUGUCACAUCUGCACUUGAAACGCUGAAUGAGCUUUUGUCAUCUCCACCAUCCCAGUUAGUGAAGAUCCUCACUGACAAUCAAGGUCUUGAACGUUCGAGGAUACACGUUGCCUCUAAUUGGAAACUUACAAACAGAACCUUGAGUGAAUUGAGUGUGGCCACUGCGCCUUUGCAAGAAGAUCAUCUACUUAUGGAGAACAUAGAUUUUUCCCCGACAACAAAUUUAUCUGAAUGGCUGCAGGACGACGACACAAACGGUUUGAAUCUGCCAAAUACACCUGGCUUGGGAAGCAUCAGCCCAAACCCUACACUCGAUUUGAUUCAAGAUUAUCCUGACAGUGAGUCUGUUACAAGCGAAGACCUUGGAAUGUUGUUGAAACCCCAUAGGUCUAGAUCUCCUGAACCUGACAUGAUACCAUUAAGGGACUCGCCUUCGCCUCCUUUAGAAGUGCAAAACAACAUGGACUGGGACAUUGGAGAUGCCGUUGAAAGCAAUCAAUGCCCUCUUGUUUACUGUGCACGACGUCUUGUUACAGCUUUUUUGAUACCCGAAUGCUGUAACGCUAGGGUGUCAGUUAAAGCUCUCGCUCUCACUUGUCUCACGCAAGUUGUACGACUUAACCCACAUGUCUUUCUCCAAGAGGUUGACAAAAAUGGCCUUUCGACUCUUCAAGGAUUUUCUCAUAUCUGUGAUGUUUUCUGCUUUGCAAAUCACACUGACCCUCAGUUAAGAGGGCUUGUUCGAGUCUUAAUAGGCACAUUUAUAAGUUCUAUGUAUAAUAAAGGAUUGACUGGCGCCAAAGACUGGUUUUCUAAAGACGUUACCUUGAGUGAAACAAAAAAUUUAAAUUUAGAAAAGUUGAUUGAUUUUUUUAUCGAAGGUUUAAGUGAUGAAUCAUCAGUGUGUGUUCGACACACUCUAACUGGACUAGGACUUUGUUUAAUAAAUCUCAUGGAGAACAUGGAUUUCACAGUGUGCACACCCGUUUUGGAAAAACUUUUAGAUCUCGCCUACAACCCAUACUGGCUGGUCAAGGUGAAAUUAAUAGAAUUGUUGUGUAUGCUGCCAUACCAAUGUAUAUACUAUAUAACAGGAAAUAAUAAAUAUCAGACUAGAGUGUUAGAUAGCGUUUUGGAAUUGUUGGCGAAUGAGGAUGACAGAGUUAGAAAAACUACUGCAGAAGGUGUCAUAAACCUUGUAAAAAAUUUAUACUUUCCUCUUGAUUAUGGGCAAAACAACGUCAUCGUCGCAAGAGGUGCUAUGUUAAGCCUGAGUACUUUCGCGAAUGUUUACAACAUGGAAAAAGGCGAAACAGCAAAAUUAAAGAAACUAAUGACGGAAAAUGUCCUGUCCAGAAUGGUCCAGAUGUUAAUACAACAUUUGUUAGCGUCUCCUUUAAAAUAUUUUUCGUAUGGAUGCAUUGAAACAUUAGCAAUGUUGUCACAAGUAUUCAGCCCGACUGAAUACCCAAGAGGUUGGCAGCUUUUGACUAAUCUUGGAGAGCAAAAGGAUAUUUCUAGCACUAUUCUAACAUCAAGUAAUCUUUUCUUGUUUGGAGUGACAUUAUUGACAAGUUCUUCCAUCUCACUAGAUUUAGAAUCUCAUCAGUGGCUUCUAAAACUUGUCAGCAAUCUUUUCACAGGCUUGGCUUCAAAUGGUCUUUCCAAAAAUGAUAAAAAGUUGGUAGCUGGCGUUGACUCUCUUCUUACGCAUGUAAUGCGUGUCUUAGCUAUUUUUGUUCAAGUUAUGGAAGAGAACACACAGUCGAGGUCUUCUGGAACUUCGCCACUGAGGAGGAGGACAUCAAGAGCUGCAUCACCUACAAAAAUAUCAACAACAGAUAAGGAAGGUAAAGAAGAAAAGAAGCUAGUAGUGGGCCAUUAUGGUUCGAACCCUCAUUAUAUGAAACUUUAUGAUAUUGUUCGAGCUGGAUACACAAAUUAUAAGUUAACUCUAGAGUUUGCAGCCAGUGAAAAGUUUCUUAAUUUGAUCUGCUAUACUCUAAAAUGCAUGGAGAAACUUGCAGAAAAUCCCUUCUUAAUUGAACUGUCUUCGGUGAUGGAGGAACUGCUGCAGUAUCUUAGAGUAACCUUUGUCCUUGAUUCAGCUGCGACAGUGAAAGUGGUCACGCAGUUGAUUAAAAGCUGGCGCCCGACUCAAGAACCACAGAAAGUCUUGAAAGAAGAGAAUACUUAUGCGAGUUUUUCUGGAGGUUUUUACACCUACAUUCUGCAAAAGCCGGUCCAGGAACUUUCUUUUUACCUUUCUAAAAAUUAUGAGCUUCAGGAGAAUCCUAAUUGGAAAAAACAAGAAAGUGAAAAAUCUUUAGACGAACCACAGUAUAAUGUUGAAGAAUUAAAAAGAAAAAUCAACCUAUUUACAGCUAUUGUAAUCCAGUCUUUAACAGAAUAUAUGGUUACAAAUAAUGUAAAACUUCAAGUUGAAGUUUUAACUCUUCUGAUUGAGUUAGUUAAGCUUAAAGUCAAUUAUUGCCUUCUCGAUGCUGGGCUGGUAUUUUUGAAUUUUGUGAAAGGCCAAUUGGAAUAUCUCGAAGCUGGCCAAAUCUGUCAAGCCGAGUUACUAGUCCCGCAGAUUUUCACAUUUCUUGUGAACCUCUUGAACAAGCAAAACCAGGCAAAAACGAACAUUGGAGUGCCACAGAUCAUCCAGAUGUGUGAUGGCUUGAUGGCCAGUGGGCAGAACCCCGUCACACACAGUAUUCCAGCAUUGGGCCCUGUCAUUCAUCACGUUUUCAUGUUUAACACGACAGACAUGAAUGAUGAAAAAGAGCUGGAAACACAGCGCGAAGUUGUUCUCGCUAUGCUUAUCAGAUUAGCAGAAUACCCUCAAGUUUUAGAUAUGAUAUAUAAGUUAAUGAAGGAAGGGUGGAAGUUUGAAGAACACUGGAAACGUUGGUAUAGGCAAGUUGUUGAUACAAUACGUCCUCUUCUUGCUGAGGGUCGCCUUCUUAUAACUGACUGCAGUACACUUCACGCCUUGCUAUCACUCAACAAAAGCUUCAGCGCUCCAUUAAACAACAUACUUGCCCUGCUUUUUACUCACCAGCAAGAGGGCCAAACUCUAGAGCAAUGGUUGGGAAUGCUGACGACAAUGCUAUUUUCAAUUUGCACUUAUAAAGAAGAAAGAGUGCUUCUACAACUCGAAGAGAUGAAUCUUUACGUCAGGGAGGAAGGGGACGAUCCUUUAAAAGUAAACACAAUUAGCAAAACUAUCGCUCCCCAACACCUUCUUGCAAAGCUUUUAACAAGAGUAAUUCACACUUGUGCACUCAAGAUUGAAAAUAUAAUAUCGGGCAAAAUUGACGGAAAUAUAGUUGAUCUGGAAAAGAUAUUUUCUAAUUUUUUCCUUUGCUGUGUUCUUCUUUUACAGCCUGGUAAUUACAAGGAGGUGUCAAAAUCGUUAUUGACAUUGUUAAAUUCCAAUACUGAGCUUCAAGAGAUGCAUAAAAUGUUUGUUGGGAUGGCUUGUAAAUGUCCGAUGAUCACUCUUUUAUGGGCUGAAAUACUUGUUCUUCUUGGGAUCGGCAAUAUUGAACUUUGGUCGGAGCUUAUAGUAAAAAAAAGAGGGUCCCAUUCUUUGAAUUAUCACGUUGUUAAAGAAGGCUCAGUUAUUCUCUAUUGCAAAUAUUUGGCGAGCCGUCCUGAUGAUACUAAGUCGCUGAGAUGGUUGCUGGACAACCAUAUCGAGGAUGUUGUCAGCAACUGCGAAGAGCAGCCUAUUGUAGAAAUGCUCAAUUCUAUUUAUAAUAUAGAAGAAAACAGUAAAAUCCUCCUUGACGCUUUGUCUACAUGCACAUUGGACGUUCAGCCUGUAUUUUCUCAUAGGUUGUUACAAACGUUAAAAAACGUCCAUUCAAAAUAUACUGGGUCUGUCUUGUGUCUAGUCGCUUCAUUUUUAACGGAAAAUAAAAACAUUGCAAUCGCACGACUUUCAGCCGCAUUUUGCAGUAGAACAAUUGAGUAUAUGUUGACACUGGACAACAGUUCGGUAGAAGAGUUACUAGAAAAGGAUAAAUUAAUCACUCUACUCAAAAAAUUAUCUUCAUGUCCAAAACAGUAUAAAAGACACAAUGCGUUAAUAAGCCUGUUAAAGAAACUCGGUGAACAAGUGUAUGGUAUCACAACCUUGGAUUUUGAAACAAAGCCAACGAUUAAUAUGGAAAAUAUCUCUUCAGUGAAACUUGAUAAAUCGUGGCUUUUGAAUCAAAUCAUUAGCAAGUGCAGUAAAACUGUGGAUUCUGAUAGAAGAAAGUGUGCAAGGCUUUUAAGCAUGCUUGGCGUCGAGGAGUUAAAAGUUGUCAUGUCUUCGAGCAGCUUUGAUACAAACAUUCUGCAAUAUUGCUUUAUCAUUGGAACUCAAUUAUCUUUGAAGCAAAGCAUCAAAGAUGCAAAUUGUGUAUUGCCCGAAUGUGUUGUCCCACUGUACGAUUGUGCACGUACUCUUCUGUUGGCUUUGAUUGCAAAAAUAUGCCGUGCUUUGCCUUCAACAGAUGAGGAGAUGAAACCAAACAAAGGGAAACUAAACAACAUACUUUGUAAAACGAAUCUAAAAACUGAUGUUAUGCCAGUUGUGAAAGGACUUAUAAAUUAUUUGCAAUCUUUUAAAGAUUUGCUAAAAGCUAAGGACAACAUUUUGAAAAUAAUUCCAGAAAAACAGCCUCAGAAUCUUAUGAGAUUUGGCAUGUUUUGUUUACAGGUGAUACACUGGAAAAUUAAAACAAACGUUAAAAGAUAUGAUGAGUGGCCAUGGAUGCUUGAAAAUUUGCUGGAGUGUGCUUCAGCUGUAUUCAGCAUUGACAUAUUGUCCUCUCAUUUAACAAUAAACAGCAUAUCCUGCGUGUCCGCUUGUUUAUUCGAUUUGCAUAAAUCUGUAUGCGGCAAGGACAUCCCUUUCAAAGACUUGAGAUCUGACUGUGAUAUGGAAGAGACUAAGGAUAAUGACGAGAUAAUAAACUCUUCACUUCGAGUUGCUUCCCUUGUUUCGUCUAUUGAUGUUUUAACUUGUUGUCCCAACAAUAUUUAUAAAUGCCUAAGGUCAAUAAUAAUUUCUUUGGGUAGGCAGCAGAAAAUAAAUUGGUUUUGUAGAAUACCUGUAGAAGCUUGGCAGUUUCCAAUCGAUGGUGACAUUCCUCCUCCGAUCCCUAUGCAUUUACUUCAUGAUUCAGAAAUUCUCAGUCAGAUUGUCAACAGGAUGUGUCUACUCGGUUGGACUGGGCGACACCAGUUUGAAGAAAUGUGGGUUUGUCUUCUGAGCGCACUGAGCCCGAAUCCUGACUUGGACAACACAGACCAAGAAGAGAUAUCGUCGAUCAUGCAGGCCAAUAGUCUAGCCAUUGAUGGGAUAACUUGGCUGGUUCUGAGCACUUUGUCGUCGGUUGGAAGCAACUCAUCUGAUAACAGACUGCUUCAUGUGCCAAGACUGCCAAAUGAUAAACUUUACAAACUAAGAUAUUGGAAGCGUUUGGAAGAGAUGAAUGAGAUUCUUUGCUGGAAAAUGAAAUCCUUGGCGAAUGAAGAUAAACCACAAUUGAUGCGAGUUGAUAAAAGGCCUAAUUUAGAAAGAAUUCAGGAUUUUACAAGAUAUGGAUUUGGACAGGUUUCCAUUUCUUACCUCCAGGCUCAAAUUGCUGAAACAGAUACUCAAGGAACUGAUGAUCGAAUGCUGGCAUCUUUAUCGAGGUCUGGAAAUUACAUCGAUAUCCGCUCGUGUGUUCAGUUUGUUUUGGAUUUAUAUGGUCAAUGGGUUCUUCCUAAUAGUGGAAUUUCUCUUAAUCUUCAACUAUCCAUGAUCAAAUCGGUCCUGUGCCUUUCCGACAUGUUCACUGAAAGAAAUCAUUUUACCUGGAUGUUCAAUACGUUUAUGAAUUUGUUAAAAACUCAUCCUCAUCAUGAUGAAAUUUUACAUCAGUACAUAAUAAUCGGGAUCUGUAAAGCAGCUGCUGUAUUGAAUAUUUGCGAAGAUGAAAGAAGCGAAAAAAUAUUGAAGAUAUUAGAUAGCUCUUUGAAAAGCUCGUUUGUUCCAAUGAAAAUUGCAGGACUGAAUAGUUUAUUGUACCUCCUACAAAAUGUCCAAAAUAUAAAGAAACCGGAACCGAAUGCAGAGGUUCCCAAACUCAGCCCCUCUGACUUUAGAAAUAAAAUAAUCGACAUGGCAAUUGAUUAUGUUUAUAAACACAGCCAUGCAAAUGGUGAAGAAAUAACUGAUGAAGACUCUUUACUUUUACUUGCUCUCGUUGUGUACCUUCUGGAAGUAUUUCCAGAGGAGAGCAUUGACAACAUUUCAGCACCAACAAUGCUAAAGACUGUAAUCCCAUUCAUACAAUCGCCAAAGAACAAUUUAGUUUAUUUAGCAAGCAUCCAGGGACUGGAAAGAUUAGUUUUGGUCGGAAAUGCUGGUUUCAAUGAACAAAUUACAAGAUUAGCUUUAGACAGGUUUUCUGAUUCUGAUCCUAGGAUUAGUCUCCCUGCGCUUCAAUUGCUUAUAGCAAGCAUGUACGCUGAUAAGACUGAUAGUGAUAGAGGUGAUACUGAGCAAAAUCAUGCUGGCAAUUGGCCAAUGGAAUUAAUGGAAAAAACUGCAGCACUUUUUGAUAAAAUAAAAAGAGGGUACCCAGUUGAGGUUGAGAUUGUUUGUGAAAUUCUCCCAGGAAUACUGUCUGAUUUCUGUCAGGCGUCAGACGUACUAACUACCGUAAUCGGGACAUUCCUCAAGCCAAACCAGCCUCAUAAAAAGAACAUGGCUGCCGUGGUUUUCCAAGUCUUCACACAGGCUUGCUCAGAAAAACAGCUGCCGCUACUUCAAGAAUGGGUUGUGCAUUCGCUCAACAACUUUAUCCACAAUCUUCCGGCUGUGACAGCAGUCUGGUCUUUGUGCUGUUUUUUCAUUAGUGCUUCGUCCAACCCUUGGCUGAGAGCUAUAUUUCCUCAUGUCCAGUCAAGAAUUAGACAAUAUGAUUAUGAAGACAGACAAAUAUUAUGCAUUGCAGCUAUAGACUUCUAUAAUCAACUAAACCCACAGCAGCAAGAGAUAUUCCGUUCAUCGUUUAAGGAUGCAAGUUCAAGUCAGAAAACCAUCUUUUCUGACAUUAUAUCCUGUCUCUAACUUAACAUUUUUAAAUUAUGGUAUAGAAAUCUUUAUUUGGCCCUUUGUGAUCUCCAUUGAUGACUUCCAAGAGAAAUUCUCUGCCAAAUGUGAAAGAAAAGAAAUGGGUAUAAAUUUCUGUAUGUACAUAAAUAUUUCAAAAAAUCUUGUUUUAAUAUUUUUAAGGA